AUUAAAAUCGAUUGAAAAAGAUAAAGAAGGAACAUCUCUCUAACGCAAAGUACUUUUGGCCCGAGUCUGCGGCUACUUGCUUAAUUUUAAUAUACUAUAAUAGCAGAAUUUAAAAUGCUAUCACGUAUAGCUUUGCGUUCAGCCGCUGCUCGUCAGUCAGCUACUACCGCGUUAGUAGCGCGCGGCUCUGCCUCCGAUGUUGCGGGUGUGCGUGAUGAGAAGAACUUCCCCAGACCUGUACGAGGGGAGCCUGGCAAAGUCAGACUCGGAUUUGUUCCCGAAGAAUGGUUCCAAUUCUUCCACUCAAAGACGGGAGUAACUGGUCCUUACACAUUUGGCGUGGGUCUCGCCACAUACUUGUUCAGCAAGGAGAUCUAUGUUUUGGAGCAUGAAUAUUACACCGGUCUGUCUAUCUUCCUGAUGGUCUACUAUGCAACCACAAAGUUCGGACCACAGAUUGCUGCAUGGCUCGACAAAGAAGUUGAUGCAGUAGAGAGCAACUGGAACGAAGGUCGCGUGCAGAACAUCAAGGACUUGGAACAGGCAAUAGAGGAGGAGAAGACAGCGCAGUGGCGAGCGCAGGGCCAGGAACUCCUCAUACAGGCCAAGAAGGAGAAUGUACUGCUGCAGCUCGAGGCAGCUUACAGAGAACGCAUGAUGAACGCUUACACUGAGGUGAAGCGUCGUCUGGACUACCAGCUGGAGAAAUCUAAUGUGGAACGUCGUCUGGCGCAGAAGGCGAUGGUUGACUGGGUGGUCUCCAAUGUCACAAAAGCCAUCACCCCCGACCAGGAGAAGCAGGCGAUAGACCGCUGCAUCGCGGACCUCUCAGCACUCGCAGCUAAACAUUAAUGCGACUAGAACUAGAUUAUGUAUAUCAAAAUAAAGUUAUUGUUUCUUGAAUAGAUCA